UCUACUUCUCAUGACAGCAAUGUCGAGGAGUGCAGCUCAGCGACAACAUACUACGCCCUCUUACACGAGACACUUGACCGGAGUGUCGAGCUCUGUACUCAUCUUGCCGCCCAUCGCUGCAAUCGACUCAGACCCUCAGACUAUCCGUACGAGGAGGAAAAAGGCAUAUAAGCCAUCAGCAAAGAGAUCAUGGACACUGCCGAGAGCUUGGAGAACGACAGACAAACGACCAGAAAAUCGAAGAGCAAUGCGACCAACAAUGAGGAUGAGCUCGCGGAGGAUGACAACACAGAGAAGAAAGAUAAGACAAAAGACGAUAAGAAGUACGCGAAAGACGAGAAAGCACAAAAUCGACAACGCUUCAAAUCACGCCAAAGCCCUCUGGUACAGCAUGUACUCAUCUCAAGGCUUGCCCAGAACUGUUCAGUCAUUGGGAAGCCUAGUACCGAGAUAAUGCUUGAACAGCUCGAAGACGUCCUUACACGUUUUGGAAGCUGUCUGAUUGAGCAAUUUCGUGUAAGCGAUUUUUUGCCUACAAACAUGUUCCAGAUGAACGACAUCGUUGAGGUCGGAGGAGCCGAGUUGAAACUGCGGAACGGCAGGCGGUUCAUCCCAAAUACGCAAAUUCGCUUUCUGGGAUCCUACUACCCAGCAAUAAUUAUUCGAGUCGUCCGCACCAAGACAUAUGCGAAGGUGGUGGAGGAGACUAAGCAUGCUCUCCACUGUAUGGAAGGAAAGCUUCGUUUCGCCAUAAUCAUCAAGAUCGACAAGGCUCACAAGUCCGCGUCCGAGCAGCUCGAGGUGCACAGCGACGAGGAUAGCGGUCAGGCAGCCAAGCAGAAGAACAAGAGACUUUCAUUGGAAGACAGGGUCACUGUCAAGAUACUUCACCUUGUCCCGACGGAGAAGCUCACCCGUCUAUUCAUAGACAUGGAAGAGGAGGUAUUUCCCAGAGCAACUGAAAAGAUCUUUGCUUUCGACUGGCAAGAUAUCUCGCCCAACCCUUGGAUUGGGCCUGCACCAAUGCCGCAGAUUCGAUUGUCUUUGGCUCCUCUUUCUCAACUAGCGUAUAGGUUUAUGGAAGACGAGCCGGCGCUGGUUGGACGUCCGCUUAAUUUAGACCACGUCAAUUUUGAUGACACGCAGCAUCAAGACCUUUACCAGGACAAUAUUCCGCAACAAUUUUACCAGAGCAUGCUCCCGCAAGCAGUCCAAGAAGCCGUCGCAGUGCCUCAUGAGACGGUGAAACGGCAGCUGCAAGAGCAAUAAAUGCUAGCGAGGACACUCAAGCAUCUCCGAGAGCGGCAUGUGAGCACAACAGUUUGGUAGAUGAAGAUGUCGUAAAUCAGUAUUCCACACGCUCAGAAGAUAAUUUUGCGACAUCCAGUGCGGGUAUAGCGAAGCGAGGCGUAGAUGGCAACGAGGGCGAGCUGCUCCUGCCAGACAAGAGUUGUGUCAAUGUUUCGCCUAUUCUGAAACGCUCUUCCUUCAAUUCGGCCCGUCGAAAUAACAGUAUUUGGUUGCGUCUAGCCCCGUGGGCAUUUGUGACUGUACGCUACUGUUUGGCUUGAGGGCUCGGUAAUCUCAGGCUGGAGGUUCUUGAGAGAGGAUGGGCCGGCAUCAAGGGGCUUCCGAGGAAGGUAGUCGUUGCAACAUUCACGGGAGG